AUGAAAACUGAAAUCUCAACGGAAAAUGGAAAUGAUGACUACACAUCCAAAUUGACAACAAAUACUUCAACAACAGGAGUGGAUUUCAUGAAUGGAAAUGUAACGAAUAUUAUGGAUAUAACAACGUCAGGAGUAGAGGAAUCGACUACAUCCUCCAGCGAGAAGGAAGUGAGUUCAACAAGAAGUACAAGGAAUAAUUCGACCAGAAAUGAGUAUCUUCAAAAUGUUUCAACAGAACAACCAUCUCCUGGUGGUGAUUCUGAAUCGAGUAUCAAUAUCAACAUCACAGAAAUCAAUAGGUCGAGUAUAAAAACCGAAAUCACAACAGAAAAUGGGGAUGAGCACAACACAUCCGACUCAACAACAAAUACUCCAACAACAGAAGUGAAUUUCAUGAAUGAAAAUGUAACGAAUAUCAUGGAUAUAACAACGUCAGGAGUAAAGGAAUCGACUACAUCCUCCAGCGAGGAGGAAGUGAGUUCAGCAAGAAAUACAACGGAUAAUUCGACCAGAAAUGAGAAUAUUCAAAAUGUUUCAACAGAACAACCAUCUCCAAGUGGUGAUUCUGAAGAAAACAUUCAUACCAACAUCACAGAAAUCAAUGGGUCCAGUAUGAAAACUGAAAUCACAACGGAAAAUGGAAAUGAUGACUACACAUCCAAAUUGACAACGAAUACUCCAACAACAGGAGUGAAUUUCAUGAAUGGAAAUGUAACGAAUUUUAUGGAUAUAACAACGUCAGGAGUAGAGGAAUCGACUACAUCCUCCAGCGAGAAGGAAGUGAGUUCAACAAGAAGUACAACGGAUAAUUCGAUCAAAAAUGAGUAUCUUCAAAAUUUUUCGACAGAACAACCAUCUUCUGGUGGUGAUUCUGAAUUGAGCAUUCAUAUCAACAUCACAGAAAUCAAUGGUUCGAGUAUAGAAACUGAUAUCACAACGGAAAAUGGAAAUAAUGACAACACAUCCUACUCAACAACGAAUACUCCAACAACACAGGUGGAUUUUAUUAAUGAAAAUGUAACGAAUAUCAUCGAUAUAACAACGUCAGGAGAAGAGGAAUUGACUACAUCCUCCAGCGAGGAAAAAGUGGGUUCAACAGAAAGUACAAUGGAUAAUUUGACCAGAAAUGAGAAUCUUCAAAAUGUUUCAACAGAACAACCAUCUCCAGGUGGUAAUUCUGAAGUGAGCAUUCAUAUCAACAUCACAGAAAUCAAUGGGUCGAGUAUGAAAACUGAUAUCACAACGGAAAAUGGGAAUAAUGACAGCACAUCCUACUCAACAACGAAUACUCCAACAACAGAAGUGGAUUUUAUUAAUGAAAAUGUAACGAACAUCAUCGAUAUAACAACGUCAGGAGAAGAGGAAUUGACUACAUACUCCAGCGAGGAAAAAGUGGGUUCAACAGAAAGUACAAUGGAUAAUUCGACCAGAAAUGAGAAUAUUCAAAAUGUUACAACAGAACAACCAUCUCCAGGUGGUAAUUCUGAAGUGAGCAUUCAUAUCAACAUCACAGAAAUCAAUGGGUCGAGUAUGAAAACUGAUAUCACAACGGAAAAUGGAAAUAAUGACAACACAUCCUACUCAACAACGAAUAUUCCAACAACAGAAGUGGAUUUUAUUAAUGAAAAUGUAACGAAUAUCAUCGAUAUAACAACGUCAGGAGAAGAGGAAUUGACUACAUCCUCCAGCGAGGAAAAAGUGGGUUCAACAGGAAGUACAAUGGAUAAUUCGACCAAAAAUGAGAAUCUUCAAAAUGUUUCAACAGAACAACCAUCUCCAGGUGGUGAUUCUGAAGUGAGCACUCAUAUCAACAUUACAGAAAUCAAUGGGUCGAGUAUGAAAACUGAUAUCACAACGGAAAAUGGAAAUAAUGACAACACAUCCUACUCAACAACGAAUACUCCAACAACAGAAGUAGAUUUUAUUGAUGAAAAUGUAACGAACAUCAUCGAUAUAACAACGUCAGGAGUAGAGAAAUCGAAUACAUCCUCCAGCGAGGAGAAAGUGAUUUCAACAGAAAGUACAAUGGAUAAUUCGACCAGAAAUGAGAAUAUUCAAAAUGUUUCAACAGAACAACCAUCUCCAGGUGGUGAUUCUGAAGUGGGCAUUCAUAUCAACAUCACAGAAAUCAAUGGGUCGAGUAUGAAAACUGAUAUCACAACGGAAAAUGGAAAUAAUGGCAACACAUCCGGCUCAACAACGAAUACUCCAACAACAGAAGUGGAUUUUAAUAAUGAAAAUGUAACGAAUAUCAUCGAUAUAACAACGCCAGGAGAAGAGGAAUUGACUACAUCCUCCAGCGAGGAAAAAGUGGGUUCAACAGAAAGUACAAUGGAUAAUUCGACUAAAUGA